AUGGCCUCUCAAACGCGUCCGAGACGCGACGGGCGGUCCGUCUAUCAUGAACUGACGCCACUAGCCUUUGCUGACUGCGGAAUGGACGAGAUCGAUUUUUCAACAGAGGCCGCGGACGCACCUCCGGAAGCCAUCGCGCAUGUAUCUGGAACGGAAGUGUUGGACAUCACGCAUUCCGACCUACAGCAACGCGAACGGUCUGGAAUUGAGCUGCCCGCGGGGACGCCUCCCGUUAUGAUUGUGUUCAGCCCACCCAUGCCGUUCUCGCCAAGAUUGCAAUCUCGCGACGCCCUGCGAAGCUAUCUGUACAUGUGCCAUGUACCUUUCCGUCCGGCACUUCACGCUGCGCUUGUCAUCAUUCUCGGCAUUGUGCCUCCUGAGCUCCGUUCCUUGUCUGUAGGCGGUGCAUUUCGAGCGGGCCUGGGCUCUGCUGGGUCGGAAUAUGCUACACCUCUGGACACGGACUACGUACUGGUCCGCCCGCUCUCAGAGCUCACGCUCCACGAUGUGGUAGAACGGUUGAAGAAGCUUCACGGGCUCUGCACUGUUGACGAAGGUAGCACCCUUCUCCGACUGAAUCGAUCUUCGGAUGCUCACCAAACGGUUCAAGCGAUAUUCAGUAGAUUGUUGCCCAACAUGACGAGCAUGGAGCUGACGACCCUCGGCCCCGCGACACUUCGAGGCACAGACGAAGAACCAUACGACGAAGCGGACGCUCACGAUUUUAUCUCCGUCUUUCACUCCAUUAUCUGUUGCCGAAUCUUUGACAGCGUCCCGCGAGUCGGUGACUUGGACCACGGGGUCUUGCAAGUCCACUUCUACCCAGAUCUAGGCUGCGAAGACUUCCGCUUGUAUCCUCACCGUGCAACAUUCUGUAAUGACAUAUGCAUAAAGUAUUAUUCCCGAGCUACUGAACGAAAGUUGAGCAAGCCAGAAGGUAUGACAAUAUGCACAAGAGCUCAGCGAGACGCGAAGAUCGAUAUGGCUGAGCCACAACGCCCGAUGCGCCCGGCCUCGGACUACUUAACGCUACGCGGGCAACCCGUAGAUGAGGAGCCUGCGUCAGGAGAAGCCAGACAGAAACGUGUACGGCCGGCGAAGCAGAGCGAUAUACAUAUGCUAACAACUGACAUCGAUGAUAUGCAACGCGGAUUGUCUUCCAAUCAUCGAGUGAAUCUGGUAUACCCCCAGUACUCAUUCUUGACGUUCAACCGUGAAGCUCUGUAA